CCACCCGGCCACCCCCCGUCUCGCCUCCUCCGCUUCGCCUUCCUCUUUUUUCCUUUCCCUCCCAUCUCUCCAGAGGCGCAGAAGCGAGAGAGAGAAGCGGAGGGGGAGGAGGAGCCGUCUCCCUCUUCGGGUGGGUUCCAGAAGUUUGUUUUGAUAUUUAUCAUGCGAGGAGGUAAUUCUAUCACCUCUAUUUGGCGACCGGGAACAGUCUUUUGUCAAGGUGCCUGAUAGUAUGGCUGCUAAAACGGGUGGAGCUGUCCAAGUGCAUAAGGAUGACACUGUUAAACGCACACCGAUCGCACGGCCUAGCGUUGGUCGUGAAGGAAAGCCCAUUAAGUUGCUGUCAAACCACUUUGUUGUGAAGCUUAGAGGAGUUGAUGCUGUGUUUUACCAAUACAGUGUCUCCAUCAAAUCUGAGGAUGAUAAGGUGGUCGAUGGCAAGGGUAUUGGCCGAAAGGUCAUUGAUAAACUGUUGCAAACAUACAGUUCUGAGCUUGCUGGGAAGGAUUUUGCAUAUGAUGGAGAGAAAUGUCUAUUUACCGUGGGACCUCUUCCACAGAACAACUUUGAGUUCACUGUUAUCUUGGAGGAAACAUCUUCAAGGGCUGUUGGUGGAAGUCCAGGGCACGGGAGCCCUAGUCAAGCUGUCAAAAAGAGAGUAAAGCAAUCACAUCUUGCGAAAAAAUUUGUAGUGACGAUAAGUUAUGCAGCAAAGAUUCCUCUAAAGUCGGUUGCUUUGGCACUUCGAGGAAGCGAGUCAGAGCAUGCUCAAGAUGCUUUGAGAGUCCUUGACAUUGUUUUAAGGCAACAGCAGGCUAAGCGAGGGUGUCUGCUUGUUAGACAAUCAUUUUUCAGUGAUGACAGUCGAAACCUUGUGGAUUUAACUGGUGGCGUUAGUGGAUGUCGUGGACUCCACUCUAGUUUCCGUACUACAAUUGAUGGUCUAUCUUUAAACAUGGAUGUUUCAACCACAAUGAUUGUGACUCCUGGACCAGUUAUUGAUUUCCUCCUCACAAAUCAAAAUGUCAGAGACAUCAGAGAUAUCGACUGGCUCAGGGCCAAGAAGAUGUUGAAAAACCUGAGAGUUAAAGCUAAGCACAAUAACAUGGAGUUCAAGAUCAUUGGCCUUAGUGAUCAGCCAUGCUCUAGACAGACAUUCACAAUGAAAGUUCGGAAUGGAAGCACUGAAGUUCAGACUGUGGAUAUUACUGUUCAGGAAUAUUUUAAAUCCAAGCAGGUUGAAUUGACUAUGACUUAUCUGCCAUGUCUUGAUGUGGGAAAACCAAAACGUCCAAACUAUCUCCCAAUUGAGUUAUGCCACAUGCUAUCGCUUCAACGUUAUACGAAGGCACUGUCUUCUCAACAAAGGGCAACUUUGGUUGAAAAAUCACGACAGAAACCUCAAGAACGAAUGCGAGUUGUUACAGAUGCUGUAAAAAGUAAUAGAUAUGAUGAUGAUCCAAUCUUAUCUUCUUGUGGUAUUGAAAUCGAGAAACAACUUACUCGUGUUGAUGGUCGUGUUCUCUCUGCACCAACGCUGGUUGUGGGAAAUAGUGAAGACUGCAUUCCGAACAGGGGCAGGUGGAAUUACAAUAACAAGAAGCUAUUGGAUCCUGUCAGGAUUGAGCGUUGGGCAAUCGUUAAUUUUUCUGCUCGUUGUGACAUGAGCCGGAUCUCAAGAGAGUUGAUAAACUGUGGACGAACCAAAGGCAUUGAUAUUGAACGUCCUUACACCUUGGUGGACGAAGAUAGUCAAGCUAGGAGAUAUUCACCUGUUGAAAGGGUUGAAAGGAUGUUUGAAAAAGUGAAAGCACACCUUCCUGGUCCGCCUGAAUUUCUGCUGUGUGUUUUACCAGACAGGAAGAAUUGUGAUAUUUACGGGCCAUGGAAGAAGAAAAAUCUUCAUGAAAUGGGUAUUGUCACUCAAUGCAUUGUUCCCAGUAAUAAGAUGAAUGAUCAAUACUUCACCAAUGUUCUUCUAAAAAUUAAUGCUAAGCUUGGUGGAAUGAACUCUAAACUGGCAUUGGAACAUCGCCAGAUGAUUCCAGUUGUGACUCAGAUACCCACAUUAAUUCUGGGAAUGGAUGUUUCUCAUGGUUCUCCAGGCCGAGCAGAUAUACCAUCAAUUGCUGCGGUUGUUGGAUCUAGAUGUUGGCCACUGAUAUCACGGUACAGAGCAUCUGUUCGGACCCAAUCUCCAAAGGUAGAGAUGAUUGAUUCUCUAUUUAAGCCGCUGGAUGAUGGGAAGGAUGACGGCAUAAUAAGGGAGCUUCUACUAGACUUCUACCAAACCAGUCAACAAAGAAAGCCUUCUCAGAUAAUCAUUUUCAGGGAUGGUGUGAGCGAGUCUCAAUUUAGCCAAGUACUGAAUGUUGAACUUAAUCAAAUCAUAAAGGCUUAUCAGAAUAUGGGACAGGGGGACCCUCCGAAGUUCACCGUGAUCAUUGCUCAAAAGAAUCACCACACAAAACUCUUCCAAGCUAAUUCACCAGACAACGUUCCACCUGGGACUGUUGUUGACUCUGGUAUUGUUCAUCCAAGACAGUACGAUUUCUACAUGUGCGCUCAUGCUGGACCAAUUGGCACCUCAAGACCAAUCCACUACCAUGUCUUGCUUGAUGAGAUUGGCUUCCCAGCUGAUGAUCUCCAGAAGCUAGUUCUUUCUCUUUCAUAUGUGUAUCAGAGGAGCACCACUGCAAUUUCUGUUGUGGCACCUAUCUGUUACGCCCACCUCGCAGCAGCUCAGAUGGGUCAGUUCCUGAAAUUCGAGGAGUUUGCUGAGACCUCAUCUGGGAGUGGUGUCCAUUCAUCAUCAUCGUCAGCAGCAAUCCCAGAACUGCCGCGGUUGCAUGCUGCUGUCUGCAGUUCGAUGUUCUUCUGUUGAGGUGGUCUUGGUUGACCGUUGUGCAGCAGGGCUAACUUUUUAUGAGGAAACCUGAUAUGAUGUUAGGAGUAUCUGGGUAACCUUUUUGUGAAGAAACCUGAUAGGUCGUCAGUUACUGUUCCAUAAACCGAUAUUCGCUGACAUCGCUAGGUUGGCUGAAGAGCAAUUUUUGGAUAGUAUAGUGGCCCCAUUGGUAUAGCUUCCAGAUGUUAGGGAUGUUAGGGGAGUAGAAUCAGUAUGGCAUUCGACGAAGGUUUAUGGAUGUUAGCUCUGUGACAUGCCUGUAAGCCAGUACGUUUGCAUCUGCGAAAUUUCAUUUGAAGCUGGUUC